ACCUGAAGGCAUUGAACGGCAAUACAGGAAAAAAUGUGGAAAGUGUGGCCUUCUCCUUUUCUACCAACACCAGCUGAAGAAUGCUCCAGUGACGUUCAUUGUGGAUGGUGCUGUGGUCAAAUUUGGACAAGGCUUUGGGAAGACCAACAUCUACACACAGAAGCAAGAACCUCCUAAGAAGCGAGAGAUUGCGGAUUCAUAUGCCCAAAAUGCCAAAGUGAUCGAGAAGCAGCUGGAAAGGAAAGGCAUGAGCAAGAGAAGACUGCAAGAACUGGCCGAGCUGGAAGCCAAGAAGGCCAAAAUGAAAGGGACACUCAUCGACAAUCAGUUCAAGUAAGACGUUUCUUCAAAAGAAGAGAAGCAAACCGACACAUUUUUUUGGGGUUCCUUUCUGGUUCAUCCCAAGUAAUUUGGCCGCAUUUAUGAAAAUGGCAGUGAAUGGUGGCAACCUGGCAAAUCAAAAACAAGUCUGUUUCUAUUGUGGUUUAUUUCUAAUGUGUUGCCUGCAGCCUGGGCGAUUUUAAUUUCAUUUGAGGCUUUCUUUUUCGAGGUUCUGUGAAGUCUCUUCCUGUAAUUUGCUGUAUAUUCUGUUUUGCAAAAUGUUGUGAAACCUGUUAGGAGAACUGCAGAGUUUUUUUCUGUUGUUUUUAGUUGUUUGUAUAUUUUCAGAUGUACAUAGAAUCCUGGUGAGACAGAAACCAGCAAAAAUAAUAAACAUUUGGAAAACAAUUA